CCAAGUACCACUGACAACUGCCAACCUUGCUGUUCUAGUCGUUCCUCUGACGAAAAUCGAAAUCAGUAAUUUUAUGUCGUUAAUCAUCGAUCACGUUAACUAGGUAAUAUUUUGAUUUAAAAAUGAGUGCACCAGCACCAGCCUAUAAAACUGGGAUAGUGAAGCAGGUGUUGUCUGGAGACACAGUCGUGAUAAGAAAACAACCACAGGGGGGUCCGCCGCCAGAAAAAGUCAUCGCUUUGUCGGGCAUCACUGCGCCGAAACUAGCGCGGCAAAGGACCGCAAACAAUGACACGGAAACAAAAGAUGAACCAUUUGCUUGGGAAGCCCGUGAGUUCCUCAGGAAGAAGCUUGUAGGCAAGGAAGUGGUCUUCACAGCUGAAAAACCACCUAACUCUGCUACCAGAGAGUAUGGUUCUUUAUGGGCAGGAAAGGAUCCUCUCAAAGAUGAAAACAUGACAGAGGCUCUGUUGGCUGAAGGACUUGUGAAGGUUAGGGAAGGGGGACGAAACAUACCUCAAUUGAAAAGGCUUGUAGAAAUUGAAGAAGUGGCAAAAUCGCAAGGCAAGGGCAUUUGGGGAUCUGACCUUCAGAACCAUGUGCGAGACAUUAAAUGGACUGUUGACAACCCAAAAGCAUUUGUGAACAAAUUCAAUGGACAACCUGUGAAAGCUACUAUUGAGUAUGUCAGAGAUGGAUCCACAGUGAGAAUUUGCUUGUUGAAUGACUUUACACCUAUCACAUUGAUGCUCUCAGGAAUCAGAUGCCCUGCUGUAAAACAAGAUGGUGAAUCAGAGCCCUAUGCGGAAGAGGCACGUUUUUUCCUAGAGUCCAAACUGCUCCAAAAAGAAGUUGAAGUGGUCCUGGAGUCGGUGAACAAUAACAACUUUGUAGGAACCAUUCUUCAUCCACAAGGAAAUAUUGCCGAAGCGUUAGUUAGGCAAGGCUUCGCGCGAUGCGUAGAUUGGUCUCUUGCUGUCAUGAAAUCUGGAGCAUCUGCAUUGAGGGCAGCUGAGCGCACAGCAAAGGAAAGCAAACUCCGAAUCUGGACGAAUUAUGUAAGCAAUGCGCCCGUCAUCGCUGCUAAAGACAAAGAGUUUUCAGCCACUGUGCUCGAGGUUGUCAAUGGUGACGCCCUUGUGGUAAAGAUGCCUAACAAUGUGCAGAAGAAAAUUUUCCUGGCUAGUAUUAGGCCACCACGCGAGAAGAACAGCCCCGAUGAAGAAGGCAAACAGUCCCCCAGGCCAAAAGGAUUCAAACCCCUGUAUGACAUACCCUGGAUGUACGAAGCGAGGGAAUUCAUUCGCAAGAAGGUUAUUGGCAAAAAGAUUUUAGUGAUUGUUGAUUACAUCCAGCCUGCAAAGGACAAUUUCCCAGAAAAGACAUGCUGCACAGUUAUCGCUGGUGGAAUUAACAUUGCUGAAGCUUUAGUAGCCAAAGGCUAUGCAACAGUGGUGAGGUACCGCAACGACAAUGAUCAGAGGAGUGCUCACUAUGACAAGUUGCUCGAAGCUGAACUGAAAGCUCAAAAAGCGUCCAUCGGGGUUCACGCCAAAAAAGACAUACCCACUCAUCGCAUUCAGGACACGAGUGGAGAUUCUGCAAAGGCGAGAAAGUUCUUCCCCUUUUUGAAGCGUGCUCAAAAGACAGAGGCUGUUGUGGAGUUUAUCGCCAGCGGGUCGCGUAUGCGACUGUACAUUCCGAAGGAGUCAGUGCUUGUGACCUUCCUGUUGGCUGGUAUCAACUGCCCGAGGGGAUCUCGUCCUGCGAUAGGCGGCGGCGGCGCCAUGCAACAGGCUGAACCUUUCGGUGAGGAAGCUCUGCAAUUCACAAAGGAAAAGUGUCUCCAACGCGACGUUAUUGUAUCGAUCGAAGAAAUGGACAAGGCUGGCAAUUUCAUCGGCUGGCUUUGGAUUGAAAAUGAGAAUCUAUCUAUUUCACUCAUUGACCUUGGGCUGGCUUCGAUGCAUCACACAGCUGAAACAUCUGAAUUUGCACGCGCGAUUAAGAACGCAGAAGAAAAUGCCAUUAAAAAACGCAUUGGCAUAUGGAAAGAUUAUGUAGAAGUGGAUAAAGAGAUAGAAAAGGAACGCAAUGCCUCGGUUCAAGAUCGCAUUGUGAAGUACGCAAAAGUAAUAAUUACUGAAAUAACAUCUGAUGGCACUUUCUUCGCCCAGAACAUCGAGUUGGGUAACAAACUAGAGGCAUUAAUGGACAAAAUUCAUCAAGAAUUCAUCACCAAUGCUCCUCUACCAGGCUCCUAUGUGCCAAGAAAGGGACAAAUUUGCGCUGCCCGCUUUACCGCAGAUGAACAGUGGUACAGAGCAAGGGUUGAAAAGAUUACUGACGAUAAAAUGGUUCAAGUAUUUUAUAUCGACUAUGGCAAUAGAGAGGUGUUGAGUCCAACCCGACUGGCUAUCCUACCGUCCGGCACUGAGACAGAGCCGCCUUACGCCACCGAGUACGCGCUGGUGUGCGUCAAGUUCGCUGUGGACCCCGACGACCGGCAAGAGGCCGUGCGGGCCUUCUCCAUGGACACGCUCAACAAGAAGCUACUGCUCAACGUGGAGGUGCGCGGGGUUCCGUCUUGUGUCACCCUGGUUGAUCCCACCACCAACACCGACAUUGGGAAGAACCUGGUGAAGGAGGGCCUGGUGCUGAUGGAGAGCACCCGCGAGCACCGUCUGAUCCCGCUGGCGGCGGAGUACCGUGCGGCGCAGGAGCACGCCAAGAGCUCGCGCCUCAACUUGUGGCAGCACGGAGACAUCACCGACGACGAUGCGGUGGAGUUCGGAGCGCGUCGCUAGCGCCAGCUUCCCUGGUACGAUGCCACCGCCUCGCCAACGCACAAGCUGCACUGCGCCACGUGCACCUCCCCGCACGUCGAGACAAUCAUCUACACCAUCUUGUACGACUUUUUGUAAGGCAGCGAGCAGGCAUACGUACCCGGCAGAUCGGAUCCGGACGACGAUUGAACUAUUGAUAUGUGUGUUUCUAUUACUAUAAUCUUUCGGACUGCCUUCCCAAAAAAAAUUUCUGUCUUUACAAAAUAAAUAUGAUAUCCAUUUUAAAUGUAAAUGUUAGAAUAUCUAUAUAGAUAAAUAUAUAUUAUAUUAGAUGAGAGGAAGGAGCCUCUCUACAAAGUAUUCUCUGUGAACUGUGUGUCGAAUGUGUGUGGGUAAUCUAUUAGUUUUCAAGUGCAUAAUAUAAACUCUUCUCUGGCACGGAACUUAACAAUUUAUUAAUGUAUCUAUAGAGUGCCACAUGAUGGCUAUUUUUCGUGAAUGCAGUGUCUGGCUUCACAAAAUAAUUAUGAUAUCCAUUUUUAAUGUUUCAAAUUAGUAGUUAUCUAUAUAGAUUAUAUAUAUUAUAUUAUAUGAGAAAGCUGUUGACCGCAAUACUACGUAGUGUUCUCUUUGGACGUGCGAUCGUGUAGGUAUUCUUCUUAUUGGUCUCUGACUGCAUAAUAUAAACUUGAGCUCUGGUACGAAACAUCAAUUAUUGUAUUGCCAAAUGAUGGCAUAUUUGUACCUCUAAUACAUUAAUCACUUUAGAUGUGUCUACAUAUUUUUAUAUUUCACUAAGAUAAACUGAAUUAUUAAUAUAAUAAAAUAGUGAAUUAUACAUAGACUUAUAUGAUAGAGACAAUUCGACUUGUCUAUAUUUAAUUUAUGAAAUGACUAAUUAUUAUGGUAUAAAAAUACCGAAUGGAAAUAAAUGAAUAGAUAAAUGUUACAUCAUUAUUUAUUUACAUUUUAUUAUUAACGAUAACAUAUUCUUAAUGAUAUGUCUACAUUUUGAUCACUUGUAUGUCGUGAUAGAUAAACUGGCUUUUGAUGUUUACAUGUUGUUAUAGUUCGAUCUCUGUCUAUAUUCUUAUUAGAUUGAACACUUUGAAUUUCUAUUUUAAAAUGCAAUUAAAAUCUAUGCAUUAUGAAUUUGACUGUGUAAUAUUAGCCAAGUGUGUUUUACCUGAUGUAAUAAUUUUAAAGCGAAGUCGUGAGUGUAUAAUUGAAUUUUUUAACGUUAUUUUUUAUUUUAACAUUUUAUUUACAGUAAAAUUGGUCCGUAUUGUUUAUCGUACUUACGAACGUAUUGUUUUGUAGGCCUACCUUUACUUCCAGAGAUGUUUUUUGAACUUAUUAAAAAGAUAUAUUCGUCUCAAGAGUACCACACGGUGCAUUAAUUAUUGUUAAUGAUAUUGAACUCAGUAUGUAUAAAAAUAAAUAUUUUAGGAAUUAA